AUGUGCCAUACCAUCAAAACCCGCUUAACAUGCGGCCACUUCAUCCACGGCCCAAUAAUCCAAUGCGCCGAAGCAGCAGCGACAGCAGCCGCGGCAGCAGCAGCAUCAGCUUCCUCAUCUCGACCAACCCCUCACCCUCGCAACAACGCAGCGGGAGGAAGAGGAAGAGAAGAAAUCUGCCAACCAGGCAUCACAAUCAACACACAAACAACAGCAUGCUGCGAUGAUUGCGUAACAGGUUUCUCGCGCCAAUUCCUCGAGAGCAUCUGUCGCAGAUGUCGACGCGGGGUGGUACAUGGUAUGGCUCUGGCUGUGUUGGAGUCUUUACCUCGAAGGACAAACGAGGAGGAGGAACAUGCUGUCUCCAACUCUUCUUCUACCUCGUCAUCGUCGUCGUCAUCUUCAUCGUCGGCGGCAGAGGAGGAGGCGGAGUAUAGUCAUUGGUGA